CCUACAUCCACAUACAUCUUCCCGACCGUGGUAUCAUGAAGAGACCUUACCCUUACACAGGGCCGGGGUCCUCUGCCACGCCGGCCACUCCUCAGCCAGGCCAAGCGACUCCUGCUAUCGCUGGCCCAAUCGACUAUUCUAACUACGGCUAUGGCGGGACAGCUGCUCAGCAACAACAACAACAGCAGCAGCAGCAGCCGGCCAAGCCUAUGACCAACGAAGAGCAGCAAGCUCAGUGGCAUCAGCAAUGGCAGCAAUAUUAUGCCCAGCAGGCAGCAGCGGCAGCCGCAGGGGGAGCAGGACAAACUGCUCCUCAACUUGCUCAACAGCAGCAGCAGCAGCAGCAGCAGCAGCCUCAACAGCAAUUUGCCGGACCUCAAUACCCUCAACAGCAGCCUCAACCGCAGCAGCAGUAUCCUCAGCAGCCUUAUCAGCAGCAAGCGGGGCCGCAGUAUCCUCAGCCUGGCCAGGCAAGACCGCCUGCAUACAAUCAGCAGACUCAGGUCCAGUACGGCCAGCCAUAUGCAGGAUAUCCUCAACAACCAGCUCCAUACAAUGCAGCGCCUGCACCUCCCGCACCUAGACCACACAUCAAUCCUCAUUAUGCACCACAACAUCAGCAACAGCCCCCUCAGCAAGGCUUCUACCCUGGCGGUCAGCCUGGCCCCACCCCACCUCCAGCCAAGCGUCAACGCUUCGAUGCUGCCCCCGCGCCCUUCGCUGGACCGCAGACCUACCCUGCUCAGUCUAUGCAGAUGCAGCAGCAGCAGCAACAAGUUGACCCCAAUCAAUUCAACAUCAACAACUCUCCCUCAUCAUCUUUUGGCUGGCCAGGCGCACAGGGCGCAGCGCCCGCAGGCCUACCCCCUCGACCCAUGACUGGCCCGCCGCGAGGAGGGGCGACUGGAGGUCCCGGAAGAGGAGGACCAAUGGGCGGUUUUGCGGCUGCUCGCCCCCCUCAGCACAUGCAAGGUCCCCAGCAACAGCAGCAGAUGGGCCACCAGCAAGCCGGCCCAACUGGGCGAGGGCGCGGCGGCGCGCAUAUGCCCGGAUCAGGUCGAGGAGGCGCAAUGAUGUCUGCCCCAAGCGGACCCAGUCGUGGUGGCGGCAACGCCUCACGCUCGUCCAGCUCCAGUCGAGGCGGUUUCAGCUCGCAGAACUCGAUCCCUACAGGCAACAAGAAUCGCUUCAACCUCCCCCAACAGAGCGUCAUCCCCGGCAGUGGCGGAAUCAAAGCUCCCUCUGGUCCCAGCGGAAGCUCUGCCCCUUCCAGUAGACAUGGCACGCCGACACUCCCCUCUGCACCGGCUUCGUCCUCCCGCAACAAGCUUCCGGCCGCCCAGACUGUCCGCGCAGGCAGCACCGCAUCUGAUUCGCCCGUGAUCGCACCGGCGAAGAAGACAUCUACUGACUUUCGUAUCACAAGAAUCGAGAUUCCAGACAUUCAGUGGAGAUGGGAUCUGGCCGAGGCGCGGGCUGCAAAUGCUGCGAGAGAGGAGGCCGAGGCACAGGCAGAAGAGGAGGAGCGUGCCGCUGCGGAGGCGGCGGCUGCUGCCGCCGCUGCUGCUGCUGCUGCUGAAGGCAGCGAUGAUGAGUCAAACGAUGAAGAGGACGACGAUGACGCAGCUGAGAAAGGCGAGGACGACGACGAUGCAGCAACAGAAGCAGCUUCUGAGGCUGGAACCACCACAACCGCCAACAACGAGCCUCGCGCUCGCACACCAAGGGCGCCAGCAUUUCAACGCAACAAACAACAGCAGCGAGGACGGCAGAAUGGCAACAACAGUCAGCAGCAAGACGCCAACUGCAAGCUGCGCAUCUGCUUUGCUUCUCCGGCCAUCAAGCCUCCCGCUGGAGCCCCCACUGGUCCCAGUGCGGAGCGCAAGCCAAAGAAGAAGAAAGGGAAGGGCAAUAAGCAACAGCAGCAACCACAGCAGCAGCCGGCAGCGGAGCAAGGCCCCGAGGAUGAGACAGCGGAGGCGAACAAAGACACGAGCGGUGAGCCUGCAUCUGCUCCAGACGUUCCAGAGAAAGACACUGCGUCCGUGAACAUGACUCGUAUCAAAGAAGAAGAGGGCGAAGGAGCUAGCGAUGCGGCGAAAGCGCAGCCUGCUAAUCCUGACGCUUCGCAAGGAGCAGUCGAGGGCGAGGUCAGCGCUACGCAACAGAAGGAGGGCGAAAAUCAGGCACAUGCUUCCAAAGACUCGGCGGCUCCAGAAGAUUCGCAGACCAAGGCAGUCAAAGCAGAGGCAGAUUUGGAGAAUGUCGCAGAAGACGCGAUAGAGGGCGCACAGCCCAGCCAGAAGUCUGGUCCGUCGUCAAUCGCUCUCGUAGACUCGGAAGGCUGGAAUCCUUUCAGCUCCGCUAUCCCGCAGUCCUCCGCAAACCGACUCACGAUCACUUACAGCUCUCGCGCUGGCAGUGUUAGGCGGCUGGGCAUAGAUGUAUCCGUCGUCGAGCAGGUGCGGAUCGAUCGUGCGCGAGGCAGGGUGGAAGUGGAUGUGACGGUGACGAGGCCCAGUGACGGGGCGAGAAAGAAGGUCUCGGAUGCCAAGGAAAGAGAGGUGAAGGAGUGGCAGACUUGGAAGGGAGUGUUGGUUGAGGCAAGGGAGAACACGACGGAUAACUUUGCGGUGCAGAGUCGAUCCGAUCUUGAGCUUGCUUGGGCCAAUGACUCCGAAGCUGCCUCGAAGACUCUUGAUGACGGAGAUCAAGAUGCUGUGAUGCAGAGCGAAGGGCAAGCAGAGACGGACCCGUCGGCGUCGUACUGUUCGCUACCACCGCUGCACCGCAUGGAGGCGAGCGGUGAUGGCGGCGACCGUCGCGACGGUGCGACUGAGAAGAUCAAGAGCGAGGCGAAUGCAGAAGACGCAAAUAAGGAUAGUGGCGGCGAUGGCGGCAACGCUGAUUUCAUCACUUGCACGACGACCCUCAUCAUCCACCUGGAUCGCUUCUCCGCGCAACCUGAGGCCAAAUGGAUCAAGACGGGCGACGUCGACGAGUGGUUGUACGCGAUUGCUGGCUUCGCCCCGGCCGCUGCUUCGUCGACGUCUGCUGACGGAGUGCACGCCUGGUCCUCCAAGCUGUACGUUCUCGAUCCGGACCCGCCUCCGACGAUGCAGGACGUCUUUUCCGAUUGGUCUUCCCGCUCUGUUCUCGGAACAGGGCGUGAUCGCCGCAGGUUCAUCAGCGAGUAUCUUCAGACUCCUCGAGGUCAGAUUGAGAUUCUGUGUCGCCUGGUGAGGGGAGAAAGGAGCGCUCCUGCCACAAAUUGGGGUUUGGCAACCGGUGAGAGUGGAACGUCGGAGCUGGCCAAGGCGGCAAAGAGGUCAAAGUUUUCUAGUCAUCAGACGCAUCUCUCUCUUGCUGUCUUGGCCUUGUUCGGGCUGGCGGAGGAGUACGCUGGUAAGAUCGGGGAGACAGCGAAAGAAGAGCCGGAGAUGAUUGAGUCCGAGUCGCAGUCCAAGAAGCAGGGAAAGGGCAAAGCUCGCAGCACCAGCCAGGCCGCCAGCAGUAGCGGGAGCGACGAGUUCUCGCAACGCAUCGAUGGCCUCCUGAUGAGCAUGCCGCCGAACCUUAUCAGUCGCGCGCUCGAUGGCAUGUGCAAAGAGGUCCUCGAGAAGCAGCAGAAGGAGAAGCAGCAAGCGCAACUGCUUGCGCAAAGAGCCAAGGCGAGCGCGGCGGCGGCUGCGGUGACCCCUUCUCCGCGUCGCAGCGUGAGUGCAGCGGCGUCAUCGUCGCCAUCGUCUGCGAAGAAGGCCAAAGCAGGGACGGAGGCGUCGUCGUCGUCGCAGUUUCAAGGCAAGUCCAACGGCGCAGGCGAGAGAGUCAACAGCAGCAGCGGUGGUCACGAGGCGAAAGAGCAGGGCGACAGUGCUGCGACUGUUGAGGCCGACUCCUCGAAGAAGAGCGUUCCAGAUCUCAAGCAGAAUGAAGGCGGAGACAUAGCGACAGCGCAGCAUGACGCGAGCGAUGAGGCUCUGUCGGCUCCUGCUGAGAGCUCUGCGCCGACGAACGAUCUCGAGGUGGCGGCUGCGGCUGCAGCGGGGGCGCACGCACCAGCUGAUGUCGCAGUGCUGCCCGUACCUAGCGACGCUGAUGGUCAAGAUGGUACAAAGAUUUCUGAGCCGGCGAAAGAGGAUGGUGAUGCGGACAUGGCAGAGCCGACGGACGGCAGCGCUGCUGUGGACACAUCUGCGGUCAAAGAGGCAGAACAUAGCAAUGCUGCUAAGGGUGAAGCGCCUCGUGAUGACAUGGCGGGUGAUGCUCACACUGCAGCAUAGAAGUGGGAGGACAAUUCCAGUGCGGGACUCUGUGCGCUUCCUUCCAGACUCGUUGCUUCUUGAGAAGAUCAUCUAUUUUCACUUGGCUUUCAUGCGCCCCAGCCUCUUGUUUUCUCUCGUCACUCAUAACAUAAUUCCAAUGCGUCCCAAUG